AUGUUUCUAUUCGACGUCGCAAACGCGUUGGUUGUUCGUCUCGUGCUCCUCGUGCAUGCGCUUCUUGUGAUUUGGCUCGCUGAAAGCGUCACCCACAAUAGCACCUACUGGCUGCUGGCAAUAGCCAUCGUGGGGAUGGUCAUAGAGGCCGCCGUAACCAUUGGCAAGAACCGGGCGCAGGAAUGGAAGUGGUUCUGUCCGUGCUUCUUGUCCUACCUGUGCAGCACAAUCCCGGGCAUCUGGGUGCUUGAACUGAACCGGAUGGAGGCGCUCUCAGAUAAUAAAGACUCCAAUAACGCCACAUCCAUCCGCGCACAGGCCCUCGACGACAUUCAAGGGAUUCACUUUCCAAUCGAGAUGGAGACCAACACAUGGGUGAUGAUCACGGAGCAGCUCUUCCUAUACCUUAUCAUCCUGGCUCGUUGGAUCCUGCCAAGGGGCGAGAUCUCGCGAGAUGAACUGUCGCAGCUGCUCUUCGUCUUCAUUGGGAUAGCCGGAGACAUCUCCGAGUUGUUCGCCCUGUUCGAAGAGAGAAAGGUCCUUGAAAGCCCUAACAUUAUGUACGCCAUACUGUGUAUCUGGACCUUCAGCUUAGUCCAGUUCACGUUUGUGUUGACGUCAACACACAAUCCCAUCAAGUCGUCUGCUGGACCAACAUUUACGGCUGGAAAUGAGGAACUAGUUCAGGAUGAGGCCCCAGGGCAGAGAAGCUUUUUGGCGGAAAUGUUUCAAACUGAAGUGUGGAGCAUAUGCGUCAACUUUCUGUUCCAAGACGGCCCCUUCCUGGCUAUCCGGCUCUACAUAAUGGUAGGCAUGAAGCUUCUCACAUACAGCAUCAUAUUCUUCACUGCGAAGAACGCGCUGCUCACCAUGCUGCUAUUCUACCGCGUCAUUGUCGUCUGCUGCGAGCGGAAACGGAAAGUCGCGAGCGUAAGUGAAAUGUCUCCUGAUGAUUCGAAGCACAGCCUUCAGAUGGUGGAGGAACCUCCUUCUCCGAAAGGCGAAGAGGUAUACGCAGGGGAGGUCGCUUAA